AUGGCAGGCAAGGGCGGCGGCGCCCCAAGCACCUUGGCCAGUUGGAUGAUCGACGACAUCAAAGAUCUCUGCGAGAGGUUCAACAUCGACGAUCGCUUGGAGCGACGGGUCAUGGAGCGAAUGGAGUCGCGUCAAGACACCUUCCGAGAGGACAUCAAAAGCCUGGGCGAGACGUUGGAAACGGCUCGAAGCCCUCCGGGUUUGCUGUCCGUGAAGUUGCGUGAGAUGGAGGACGGCACGUUUGUUCCCAAAGGAGGCAAGGGCAAAGGCAAAGGUCCUCCUCGAGGACCUGAGCCGGGUGGUAGCCCACAGCGAUCCAGGUCACGCGAUAGCCGCAAAAAGACACGGAGGAGCCGUGACCGUCGCGACGGUCGCGACGACCGCCGCGAGGAGCGUCGCCGCGACGAUCGCUCCUCACGGUCGCGCUCGGGGAAGCGGCGUUACCGCUCCUUCAGUUGUGACCUGUUUGAUGUUGGCUCGAGCUUUAACGCAUUGCCCGUUGACAUCAGUAUCAUCGAGGUCGACCAACGCUGCGGAGUCGUGGUCUACACCAAUGCCAUCGCAGCGCAACGUCGAAGCUUGAAGUGGCUACAAGCCGUGGAGUUUUUGUCCGCUCUCAGUGCCAGAACGCUCGAAGGCAACGCCGUGACAUGGACUGCUGCCGCAGGCGCGACUGCAGGCGUUUGGCCAAGGUCGCUGCAGAUGGUCUUUGGAGAUAUGCGAGGGCGAUCGAUCCGGCCAAAUGUCAUCACUUUCAGCAGCCUCUUCUCUGCUUGGCCGUUGGCGCAGAAACUCUUGGCCCAGAUGAACAGAUGGAACUUGCGCUCCGACGUGGCCUCGCAGAAUGCUGCGUUGAAAGCCACCGAAGCGUGGCGCUUGGCGCUGCGAAGUUUGGAGGAGAUGCCACAGCGAGGUUUGUCGCCCAACUUCACUUCGCGGAACCUGUGCAUUUCGCUGCUGGACCAUUGGGCAAGGGCCUUGCAGUUGGCACAGGACCUUCUGGGCUACAGCAGCAGCAUCACCAAGUGUCGUUGGUCUACCAGCUCUCAGCUACUUCUGGAGCUGCAGGAGAAGCACCUGGAGCCCGAUCUCAUUGCCUUCAAUGCCACUAUGAAUUCCUAUGGCCACGGCAGGUGGCGCAAUGCCAUGCACUCGUUGCACUCCUUGUACCAAGUCGCUCUCCGUAUUAGCUCAGGGUCCUUGCUUCCAGUCCUCCAAGCCACGUGGCGCGGCGCCCUGUGGCUAUUGCCGCAAGCGCUGCCGCCGCAAGCUGCGGGAAACGGCGAGCUGACGCGUAGCAUGGGGGCUGCCAUCAGCGCGUGCGUCAGAGGCGAUCGUUGGGCGCAAGCCUUGCGGCUGCACUCCAUGCAGUGCUUUGCAAGGAAUUCGUUAACCUACAACUCGACGGUGAGCGCUUGCGAAGAAGGUGCCCAUUGGCGUUUGGCUCUAGCGUUGAUGGCCGAAAUGCAGGAGGCCGUCCAGCUCUUCACUGGCUGCGGACGCGGAAACGUCGACGUCUUGACCUUCGCCAGCACGCUGAAAGCCGUGCGAAACGGCGCCACGUGGCACCUGCAACUGUCCUUAAUGGAGCCUUGGUGA